AUGUCCCCUUCCUGCCCCGCUAUCGACAUGAGCCUCGUUCCCCUUGCGGUUCCCAGCAUUAUCAGCAAUACCCACAAAUCCACUCCCUCCAUCAUGGGGAGAGCUCGCGGCUUCUCAGCUCCAGGCUCCUUCACCCCUCUCAGCCAGGGACGUGCUGCUGGCUGUGGGUUCUUAUACCCUCGUUUCACUAUACCUCCCAUCACUGUUCCAUCGGACCCACCAGUGUCUCACCGUCACGAAAAGUACAACCAGAACCCUUCACACAAUCUUCACCCCAUCUCUCCUGCUGUAGAGUCUCCCUCGACCCAGUUCAGCGCGAUGGGGCCCAGCAGCGGCUAUGGUCGUUCUGCUCAUAGCAACGAAGCAACUAUUCUGGGAUGCCUAUUCACAACGACCACUCUCCCCUCCGUUGUCUCCGGACAGCCGCCCAACAACCGGAUAUUCUGGUCCACGUCAAAUUAG